CGCUCUGAACACCAGAAGAAACAACAAGCCUCGCAGCAGCAGUGAGACAGCGGGUCAGCGGCGGGGUUCACACCGCGCUGGAGAUUUAAAACCGGACCGUGCUUUAAAUACUGUUAUCUGUUUAAGUUGUUAAAGGAAAAUGUGGCUGUUCAUUCGUCUUUGCUAGUGAAAUAAGGCUUCUGCGCGGCCGCAGCGGCUCUCUGGAGCUCCCGUGGCUGGAUGAAUUGUCUCCACAAUAAAAGCAGGGACCAGUGAAACUUCCAGCUGAGCGGAACAGCCAUGAAUUCAGACAUCAACUAUCAGGAUGGGCCUGCAUUCUCCUGUACAGAGGAGAGUCCAACAGAGGACGAAGAGCCCGUCCAUUCCCCGUCCCGCAUGCAGAGACAGUACGAGCGAAUUGGAGGCAGAACCGGAUCCUCGUUUUUUCAGACCUUAAUUCAUUUACUGAAAGGAAACAUCGGCACUGGUCUGCUAGGCUUGCCUCUUGCUGUGAAGAAUGCAGGGCUUGUGGUGGGUCCUCUGAGUCUCUUCGUGAUGGGCAUUGUGGCUGUGCAUUGCAUGCAGAUUCUGGUGAAAUGUUCCCACCAUCUAAGUGCUAAGCUUGGGAAACCGUUCCUGACGUACGGGGAUGCAGUAGAGUAUGGAAUGGAGAAUGUGUCUUGGCUGAGGAAUCAUUCUCGUUGGGGAAGACGAUUGGUGAAUAUGUUCCUGAUCAUCACUCAGCUGGGCUUCUGCUGUGUAUACUUUGUGUUCCUCAGUGACAACAUCAAACAGGUGGUCGAGGCUGCAAACGGGACCACGGUGAACUGCGACACCAACCAGACUGCAGUGAUUGUUCCCAGCUACGACUCCCGACUCUACAUGCUCUUCAUCCUCCCCUUCAUCAUUCUGCUGGUGUUCACCCGCAACCUCAAAUUUCUGGCCCCUUUCUCUUUUGUGGCCAACAUAGUCAUGUGUGCCAGCCUGGUUCUCAUCUACUACUUCUGCCUAACGCAUAUUCCAAAUCCUAUUGACCUCCCGAAGGUUGGAAGGCCCAUUGACUACCCACUGUUCUUCGGGACCGCUAUAUUUGCCUUUGAAGGCAUUGGUGUGGUUCUACCACUUGAGAACAAAAUGCAAAAACCUCAGAGAUUCAGUGCAGUCCUGUACCUUGGAAUGGGCAUCGUCACUUUUCUGUACAUUUCCUUGGGCACCAUUGGUUACAUCUGCUUUGGAAGUCACAUUGGGGGCAGCAUUACCCUCAACUUACCAGACUGCUGGAUGUACCAGUCAGUUAAGCUGCUCUACUCAUUCGGGAUCUACAUCACGUACGCCCUGCAGUUUUACGUCCCAGCCGAGAUCCUGAUUCCUCAAGCUGUGGCACGGGUGGACCCCCGGUGGGAGCUGCUGGUGGACCUCAGCAUCCGUGUGGGCCUCGUUAUCUUAACAUGUCUACUGGCCAUACUGAUUCCAGAGCUGGACCUGGUGAUUUCCUUGGUGGGUUCAGUCAGCAGCAGCGCCCUCGCCCUCAUCUUGCCACCACUUCUGCAAAUCAUCACCUUCCAUAACGAGGGGCUGUCAAAAUGGGGGGUGCUCAAGAACAUCAUCAUCAGCCUUUUUGGCCUGGUGGGCUUCGUGGCUGGGACCUAUAUUUCCAUUGUGGAGAUCAUCUCACGCAGCAAGUCCAAGCAGAUUGACGGGUUCUUUCAGGUCAUGUGACGACAGCCCUAUUAAACAAAGGGUUUAUAGACAUCUAAAGCCAUUCAUUCACUCAAAAAAAGGCCAUCAAUUUAAAUUUAAUUAUACUAUGAGAUUAUUUCAGUCUAGAAAAAUGACCUUGGCUGUUUUAUAGUGGAACUACCGACCUCAUGUGGCUCAGAUUUGUCUAUUUAUUCCUCAGAGCUGGGUUAUGGACUUAUCACAGUUAGGACCUGAAUUAAAAAAAGAGAAAAACUAGUCAUUAAAUGCUCUUAAAAAAUGUUUUAUGUCUUUGAUUUUAUAUGUUUUUAAUUUAAAUGUUUGUUAAUUUCUUUUAGUUUACUGGUUUUAAUAUGCUAACUGGUUUUAACAUGUUAAAAUGGUCAGAGCACAGUGUUACAUAAACUCUUAAUCAAAUUCAUUUUGCAUUGAUAAAAGCUCUUUUAUUCCCUUGAGAACAGAAAUACAGGUAAUAAUUAAAGUUCAGCUAGUUUUAUUUAGUAAUAUGUAUAGGGAUUAUCUGUAUAAUCUCACUACGGUUAAAGAUGGUUUUAUGUUUCUUUUUUCAAUUUAUGAAUCGGUACAGAUUUUUUACACAAUAUUCUUUUUUUCUCUUUGUUUUUACAAAGUGGCCUUUUUAUUUACUAAAGGAUUAUUUGUCAAUGCACAACAAAGUAAAAUGUAUGAAGUACUGUUUUUUUUUCUUGGUAGUACACCUAGACACGUUACUUUUAGAAUUAAAAAAUGUUUACACUUAAAAAAAACUUUUAAUAGUUUAAAAACUUAAUAGGUUAUUCAGGUUUUCUGGAACUAACUGGGUCCUUCACACAUUAAAUGUGAUACAAGGCUGUGUUUUUAAGAUGAAUCACCGAUCAUAGUCAUUUUUUCAGAUUUGCCAAGCCUGAUAUAUGGAGCAAAUGAUUUCACACCUCAGUUGGCAAAGAAAUUCAGAUGUGAUUUGUCAGACUUAUAGGCAAGAUGUUUUAAAAUGCAAAAAAAACAAACAAACCAUAUAUACCAAAACAUUAUUUUAGGUUAUUUUGUGGGAGAUGAAACAGUUGUAUAUAUUUUGAACAUCUCUCAUAAUGUAUAUUAUGCUCACUAAAGAACAGUUGCGAUUCAUUAUAAGGUUUCUUUUUUAGAUAAUGUUUUUUUUUUUAAGUUUUUGUUUUUGGAGUUUUUUUUUUUUUAUCAUGCAUCACAUUAGUAGAUAGUGUGAUAAGUUAUUUUAUUGAAUUUAUUAUGGGUGCCAAACAGAAGAGACCUUGAUGUAAAAAUUCUUGACAUGUUCUGCUGUACUUCAUGUUCAUGCACUGCACUCAUACUACACUUUGUUUUGCAGCUGUAGAAAUAUUUUUUUUGGUGAGCCUUAACAUACAGCAUGUCCAUCGAUUGUAAAUUUAAGUACAAUUACACUGUAAAUGUAAAAUGUAAAAUGUUUUUUCUCAUGACGGGGGCUCGAUAGUGUAUCAUCAGUGUCAACAAGAGUGUAACACCAUGAACAGUUGUGUAUAUUAUUUUGAUUCAGUGUGUGUUCACAUGCUAUUUAAAGCCAGAACGGUUUUUUUUUUUUACUGCAUCUGUAUGUGUUCACAUGCUGUCACCUACUGUAGGCUACGGUCUCCGAGUGAUAAAAGUGUUCUGUGGAAAUGCAAAGUGAAAUAAAAAGUGCUUUGAGAUCUC